AUGGUUAUUGCAAAAGUUAUAAGAAGGAAAAUAUUCAAAUAUGUAAAAGAUUAUAAUAGAUCAUUUAUGCUACGGUUUAAAAAGAUAUCAAUGAUAUCAAACAAGGCAAUCUGUAAAGGACACCUUUCCAUCAUCAAGUUUCUUCAUGAGAAUGGAAUCAAUCAUGUAUUCAAAGGUGCGAUUGAUGAAUGUUCGAAAUAUGGUCAUCUAGCACUAAUCAAGUAUCUACAUGAAAAUAGAACGGAAGGUUGUUCGAAAAAAGCAAUGGAUCGUUCAAUAAAACGUGGUUAUUUCGAGCUGGUUCAGUAUCUUCAUUCAAACAGAUCGGAAGGUUAUAAUAGUAAAUCAUUUUUUAAAUGUAAAGAUCUUAGGAUUGCUAUGUUCUUGUAUUCCAACGGAUUGGAAGUACAAGCAAACAAAAUCGAUAUUGCAGUUCAUUCUGGUGAUAUUUCCUAUGUGAAAGCAGUUGUUGAGAAUUUCUCCGAUCAAUGUUCAAGCUAUUCUCUAUUAUAUGCCAUAGACAAUAAUCAUCUAGAAAUUGCUAAAUAUCUUUUGGAGAAUAGACCCGAAUGCUAUUUCUCGGUAGCAAUGAAACAUGCAGCAUCCACAGGUGACCAAGAGCUCAUCAAACUCUUGCAUUUCCAUCCCAAUAGCUCCGGGCCCACCGCUAAUGAAGUUGACUUUGCAACUACUAUUCCCAACAACCUAGAGAUUGUUGAAUUUCUUCUCAAUAAUAGACCAAGUGGAUGCACCAGUAGAUCAAUAAAUAAUGCUUCACUAAAUGGAGAUCUCUCAAUUGUUAAACUCCUUCACCAACUUGGAAAGGAAUGUACUUUUAAAGCGAUCGAUAACGCAGCAAUCAAUGGACAUUUCGAAAUCGUUCGCUUCCUCAAUGAAAAUCGUACGGAAGGAUGUUCUCCGAAUAUUCUGGAUCAAGUUGCUGAACAUCAUUUCGAUAUAUUCAAAUAUCUACAUUAUAACAGAAAUGGACUAGGGUGUACCUCUGCAACGCUGGAGAGCUUUGCUGGCUACAGAAAUUCCGAUGCACUUGAAUGGUUUAUGGACAAUAGAACCGAACGAUUUCCUGCCUUCAUUCCAUUUUUAGCAUUUAGAAACAAUCGAUUGUCCAAUGUUAAAUGGCUUCAUGAACAUGGAUUUUUGGAAUUUACAGAUUUCACUGCAAUCUAUGCUGCAAUGCAUGGCGCAUUGGAUAUUCUUAAAUAUUUAUUGGAUCAAGGGGCACCAUGCUCAUUUAAUGUAAUGGAUAAAGCAGCAGAAAUAAGAUCGUUAGAAAUUGUUGAAUACCUACAUUUCAACAGAACCGAAGGUUGUUCAAAGAUGUCAAUGAAACUAGCUGUUAAAAACAACGAUCUUCCUAUUUUCAAAUUCCUACUCAAAAACACAACCGAAAGACCUGUUGGUGAUUAUGAAAAUACUAUCUUCUAUAGAUACCAUCAAAGAUAUGACUAUAUUAAAAAACAUAAUCUUUAA